CCCGUCCUGCAGCCAAUUAGACAGCCCCCUCGGGCGGGAGGCGUGGGGCGCUCCAUAAAGCGGCGCGGAGCUGUCACCCGUGAGUAGGCUGCGCACCGCCCAGGCCGGAGCAGGCGCCGAAGACUCGGGCGCUUCGGACCCGGGAGCGUGAAGGAGCCAUGGCCACCACCAACGGGGCCGUGGAGAACGGGCAGCCGGACAGGAAGUCACCCUCCCUGCCGCGCCCCGUCCGCAACCUGGAGGUCAAGUUCACCAAGAUAUUCAUCAACAAUGAAUGGAACGAAUCCAAGAGUGGAAAAAAGUUUGCCACAUAUAACCCUUCAACUCUAGAGAAAAUAUGUGAAGUGGAAGAAGGAGAUAAGCUCGACGUAGACAAGGCCGUGGAGGCUGCACAAGCCGCCUUCCAGAGGGGCUCACCGUGGCGCCGGCUGGAUGCCCUGAGCCGCGGCCGGCUGCUGCACCAACUGGCGGAUCUCGUGGAGAGGGACCGCGCCGUCCUGGCCACCCUGGAAACGAUGGACACAGGGAAGCCGUUCCUUCACGCCUUUUUCAUCGACCUUGAGGGCUGUAUCAAAACCCUUCGAUACUUUGCAGGGUGGGCAGACAAAAUACAGGGCAGGACCAUCCCCACAGAUGACAACGUUGUGUGUUUCACCAGGCACGAGCCCAUAGGUGUGUGUGGGGCCAUCACUCCUUGGAACUUCCCUCUGCUGAUGCUGGUGUGGAAGCUGGCACCUGCUCUCUGCUGUGGGAACACCGUGGUCGUGAAGCCAGCGGAGCAGACUCCCCUCACCGCCCUCUAUCUCGGCUCUUUGAUCAAAGAGGUGGGAUUUCCUCCAGGCGUGGUGAACAUCGUGCCAGGAUUUGGGCCCACGGUGGGAGCAGCAAUUUCUUCUCACCCUCAGAUCAACAAGAUAGCCUUCACUGGAUCCACAGAGGUUGGAAAGCUGGUUAAAGAAGCCGCCUCCCAUAGCAACCUGAAGAGGGUGACACUGGAGCUUGGUGGGAAAAACCCCUGCAUCGUGUGUGCUGAUGCCAACCUGGACUUGGCAGUGGAGUGCGCCCAUCAGGGAGUGUUCUUCAACCAAGGCCAGUGCUGCACGGCCGCCUCCAGGGUGUUCGUGGAGGAGCAGGUCUAUGACGAGUUUGUCAGGCGGAGCGUGGAGUUUGCCAAAAAACGGCCCGUUGGAGACCCCUUUGACGUCAGGACCGAACAGGGGCCCCAGAUUGACCAGAAGCAGUUCAACAAAAUCCUCGAUCUGAUUGAGAGCGGAAAGAAGGAGGGAGCCAAGCUGGAAUAUGGGGGCUCGGCCAUGGAAGACAGGGGGCUCUUCAUCAAACCCACUGUCUUCUCAGAAGUUACCGACACCAUGCGGAUCGCUAAAGAGGAGAUUUUUGGACCGGUGCAGCCAAUACUGAAGUUCAAAAAUAUUGAAGAAGUGAUAAAAAGAGCAAAUAGCCUUGAAUAUGGACUAACAGCAGCUGUGUUCACAAAAAACCUCGACAAAGCACUGAAAUUGGCUUCUGCGUUAGAGUCUGGAACCGUCUGGAUCAACUGCUACAAUGCUAUCUAUGCACAGGCUCCAUUUGGUGGCUUUAAAAUGUCGGGGAACGGCAGAGAACUAGGUGAAUAUGCGCUGGCUGAAUACACAGAAGUGAAAACUGUCACCAUCAAACUCGAUGACAAGGACCCCUGAAGGAAAGGCAGGCUCCUUCCUCAAACGUCUGACAGCUGAAUGUGGCAGAUCUAACUUGCUAAAGAGAAACCUACAUUCUGACCUUCCUGGGAUACUUUCUUCUGGAGACUUUAAAUCUACUGGAUUUGAACGAUUUUUAUUUUCCUCUCACACUCCUGUUUUAUUGACCAAAAUGUUGUGUGUGAAAUUGUAGUCCUGCUUGGGGAUGGGACUAGUGGCCAUUUCUGUUUUCCACUUUCCACCAGAUCCCGGGGACAGUGAGGAGGCUCAGGGUGUUGUCAACAGGAAGUGGUAUUUGAAGUAUCGAGCAGUAGCUUAAAAAUGCUUUGUUGACUCUGACUCCAGUAAGAAUUUGGAAAAAAAAAAAAAAUCCCUGCGUGUUCUGCAAACAGGGCUGUGUACCUACGGGUUCCUCAGGGUUACCUGCCCUCAGAACAAGCCCCUCCUACCAACCAGUGGGAAGGAAUAGCAGUAAGUUUU